UCAGACAGUCAACGUGGUUGGAGAUUGUCUUUACCGACCAUACACUAGCUACUAGUUAUAUUUGGAACUACGACUUUCUCUCUUAUUGCCUGAUAGGAUUGAGAUGUUACAAUUUAGGUUUUCGAUAGUGCUGAAGGAGUUGUUUGAAGCCACCCUCAAGCGUCCCUUGUCCGGCUCUAGACAGAAGACCUGGUUACCGACCCGCCACUGCUGCUUCAGCACCGCCUCCGUUGAUGCCAGAGCUGUCUCUCCUCAACUGAAGGUCCUCCAUGCCGCUCCUCACCGCCCGGCGCUCCGCGCCGCGCCCUGUGCCGCCCCGUUCCGCUCCUACUGCACGAAGACCGAAGGCGCUGUGGAGCUGGACGAACAGCUGAAAAAGGACGGUCUCGACAGCGAAGCAGCCAGUGACAAGAGAAGAAAUGCAGGCAUUCUGCCCAGUUUGGAGGACUUGCUCUUCUACACAGUCGCAGAAGGUCAAGAGACGAUUCCUGCUCAUAAAUUUCUUACAGCACUUAAAGCCACUGGGCUUCGCAGUGGAGAUCCAAGACUAAAGGAAUGCAUGGACACCCUCAAAGAGACUCUGAAGAACACAGCUGAUGGAGUCACACUAGACAGGCACCUAUUCAAGAAGUGUGUCCAGAGCAACAUUGUCCUGCUCACUCAGGCCUUCCGCAAGAAGUUCGUCAUCCCAGACUUCCAGUCCUUCACCUCCCAUAUUGAUGAGCUGUAUGAGAGUGCCAAAGAUCUCUCUGGAGGACAGGUCGCAGACUACAUUCCUCAGCUUGCCAAAUUCAGCCCCGACAUGUGGGCUGUCUCCCUGUGCACAGUGGACGGACAGAGACACACAGUAGGAGACACCAAGGUCCCCUUCUGUCUGCAGUCCUGUGUCAAGCCUCUGAAGUAUGCUGUGGCUGUUCAUGACCACAGCACAGAGUAUGUGCACAGUUUCAUUGGGAAGGAGCCCAGUGGCCUGCGCUUUAAUAAACUCUUCCUGAAUGACGAUGAUAAGCCCCACAACCCCAUGGUGAAUGCUGGCGCUAUAGUUUGUACCUCACUGAUAAAGCAAGGUGCAAGCAAUGCAGAAAGAUUUGAUUAUGUCAUGAACUUUCUGAAAAAUAUGGCGGGAAACGAGUACGUGGGUUUUAGCAAUGCCACAUUCCAGUCAGAGCGUGAGUCAGGAGACAGGAACUUUGCCAUUGGCUACUACCUGAAAGAAAAAAAGUGUUUCCCAGAGGGAACAGACAUGACAUCUGUACUGGACUUCUACUUUCAACUGUGUUCCAUUGAAGUGACCUGUGAGAGCGCCAGUGUCAUGGCAGCCACCCUGGCUAACGGUGGCAUCUGCCCAAUCACAGGCGAACGUGUGUUAAGCCCCGAGGCAGUGAGGAACACUUUGAGUCUGAUGCACUCCUGCGGCAUGUACGACUUCUCAGGACAGUUUGCUUUCCAUGUCGGCCUGCCAGCCAAGUCUGGAGUAUCGGGAGGGAUCCUGCUGGUUGUACCAAACGUGAUGGGUAUUAUGUGCUGGUCACCUCCUCUAGACAAGCUGGGCAACUCAGUCAGAGGAAUACAGUUCUGCACGGACCUCGUGGAGCUUUUCAACUUCCACAACUACGACAACCUGAGGCACUUUGCCAAGAAGCACGACCCUCGCAGAGAAGGAGGGGACCAGCGGCAGCUCUCCUUCGGACCAAUGGAUUACGAGAGCCUCCAGCAAGAGCUAGCUCUGAAAGCCCCUCUAUGGAAAAAGGUGUCUCCUACUGAGUCGCACCAGGACAGCUCCACCACUGUAGUCUAUAGGAUGGACAAUGUCGCCGAGUGAAAAUUGAAAAAAAAAAAAAAAAAAAGUACUUAUCCCCCACCAACCCCCAUCUCAACUGAUCUGUCUCCCCACCACUCACAACGACACCACCACCUUUCCUCACCCUUGAAUAUUUAUACAUAAAUUAUGUAGAGGAUUAUUUAUUGCUUGUGAAGCAGUUACUGUGUGGACGGACUUGGAAGCCUCUUGUUUUUAUUUGUUAUGGAAAAAUGAGAUCAGUUACUGCCUGUUAAUUUUGCUCUGAAUUCCAAAUGAACUCUAAAGUCCAAAACACACCGCUGUUAAAUGGUGCACGUCAAAGAAGCUACCCCAAUUAUUUUCUAUGUAAAGCCCCACACCGGUGGCUAGGCGUAGGUCAGCGCUUAUGGAUGCAUCGCCCUGUGACACUUCACAACUCUGUCCCACUUCCAGCCUUGCUGCCCAUAAAAAAAUACGCUCACUUCCUGCUUGUACAUCCCAUCUUUAUAAAGACAGCAGCAAAAAUGAUAUUGCCUGAUAGGCCACAGGUCUGGAGAGUGGCUCUUCAGGUGAAAGAUCAAGUUUAAUCAGUGGGUGUGCACACAUGACUUAAAGGUAAACACUACAGAUCUUUUACUGAAAGUAGUAAUAACUGUGGUUGGUGUUGACAUGCUACAGAGCGAUGCUUCCUAUUGGUGCUACGGGUGCCACUUGAUGCCCUUCAUAUGAUGCAGUGCUGGAGCGGCAGUGUGUUUUCAGCUUAAGCUUCCUCCUGCUUCUUGCCUCAGUGUGUGUGUGCAGGAUCUGGUGGACAGUAUACAGGUUGUGCUCCUCUGUCAUCUCACUACCUGUAUUGCAAUAUGUUUUCUUUUUUGACAGAAUCCUCUUGAAAAAUGUAAGAUAAGGGUUGAUUUGAAAUUCAGUUAUAUUUUAAUCAUCAGGAAAAAUGUGUGAGUGUGUUUGCAUGUGUGGAGCUUCAGCACAGCCAGCUUUCAGACCAACAGUCUUAAAAUCUACAUUCAGUACUUUGUAGUGAUGAUUGCUUUCCGUAGCUCAUGCUGAGGCCUUAGACUCUGGUAUUAGUACAUCAAUACAGAUGCUAGAUGUGUUGUAAUAUGAUGAGCAUAUCAGUAUAACGGGAUGCAUUAAAAGAUUAUUGAAGGAAAGUUUUGGGUGGAAGAAGUCAUAAAAGUUAGCUGUAAAUGCCUGGGCUGGCAUGCAGCAGUGUUGUAGCUAACAUGAUGUAGUUUGUCAUUAAAAAAAAAAAAAAAGAUGUGAAUUCUGAAGAGUUUUUAAAUAUACAACUAUUAUGCUUUUCCAAUAUCCACAUGCUUGACCUUGAAAGGAAAAAUCAACCCCAAAGCUUAAAGCUUAUCUGAGUCACUAUCACAGUAGUGCAGUUUCUCAGCCUUCUGGUCAAGACACAGACAAAGAACCAAGGAGCUGGUUACAAACAGAUAGCCUCUGAUCCUCUUUAGAAGUUUAUUGCUAAAGUAGGAAUUUUUCCCCCCCAUUACUUCACCGUAACCUGUCUGUAUUAGUGCCUGGACCACAGUUGGGGCUGAUUUUUCUGAUAGUGAUGUGGGUGUGGGGAAAGAGGUGUGCUCAGGAGAGAGGUGAGAUGACUAAAACAACAGCCUGUUUUCAAGGCUCUUUGUGGAGACUCACUCAACUUGAUUGUCCUCAUUCACCUGCCAGCGCUCUCGCUGGACUGGCUGCAUCCUUCUUAGCUGCUGUUGAGUUUAGAUGGUGUGUGUUUGUGUUUGUGUGUGCGUUUGUGCGUGUGUGUGUGUGUGUGUGUGUGUGUGUGUGUGUGUGUGCGCACGCGUAUGUGGCUGCCAUGUUGUGAGUGUACUCAGUAUGACGCAGGCAGAGGGAAGGUGUGUGUUCAAUACUGCGACCUCCAGUUGAAGCCCCUUGGAGUCUGCUUGUGUCUGACCUGUCCUAAUAAAGCCUGUGAAGGCAGAAUGAGUAGGAUUUGUCUGUUGAAGUUUAUAAACACAACAUUCAAAGUUGGCCCUUCCUCCCUGGCUCAACGUCAUGCUUAUGAUCUGGCACCUGUUCGCUUUGUUUUCACAGUCUUGCCCUAACACCCUGCAAGCAGUUAUUGGUUGGUGGCUACUUACCAUUGCCCACAGGUUGCUGCCCUGAAACGUCCUGAACUCAGCAACAUGAGAAAAUACAGGCAAAGAGCAGGGUCUCUGUAGAUAGAGACACUAACACACACAUCUAAGAGUCGUAAGUGAUGAUUGAGAGGGAUUACUUUUGUAUGAGACUAGACAUGUAAGGUUUGUUUGUUUUUUCAAAGAGAAAACUUACUCAUUCUGCCUUUAACUUCUCUGCUGCCAGCAGAUGACUGCAGGAUUAUCUGGGCUGCAUUACAAAAAAUUCACUGUGUUUUUUCACUGCGCAUAAAAAUAUAUUGAAACAAGAUGCCUUAGUCUAGAAAUUAAGCUGCUUUCUACAGAAAUAAAGCAUUGUAAAUUUACAUUACAUCAAUAAUUGAUAUGAUGAAUGCUUUAAGGCUUUAAUAGGGAAAAAACAGCAGCACAAGAAGGUGAAUUUAUCAACUACCAUCUUGCAGCAAUAUUGUUUCGUUUUUUUGUUGUUUUUUGAUAAUAUGUCUUUAGAAGGGGAGACAAGUUAGAACUGCCAUUACAAAUGGAUGUUAUCAAAUUGAGUUUAAUGCCUCAAGUCCACUGAUCCAGAAAUGUUCAUCCACAUACUCAGAACGUUUGUUUUGAGUGUCAGUAUGCAAACAAAACACGCAUCCAGUAUUGUUUGUAAAGUAUUGCAGUUCUAAUAAGCUCGUACAUUAUUAAAACGUCUUUCCAUAAACACAAUUUACUGUACUUCUGAAUGUACAUAGUGGCAGGUGUAUAUAGCUCUUAGGUGUGCGUCUGCACUUGAAUAUUAAUUCUCAGCAGCAGACCAGAAUGUGUGUUGAAAAUACACUUAAGACGUUCCGACUUUAUAAUAUUGCCUCCUCCAGGAAAUAGAGAUACUUGCACAUGAAUGUCAUGUCAGCAGAUGCCUUAGAUGUCUCUCUACUGUGACUUUAGUGAGGGGUCUUAUCUGUUUGUUCAUCAGUCAUUGUUAAAACUGUACACGUGGUGUGGUGUUGGAUUUGAGCUCAAAGUGAUGGCUGCUGGAGCUAAUGAUACCAUGUUAUUACAUUGUCAUGGUGUAUGAAGAUUUUUCUUUUGUGUUUUUUCUUCUUUUUUUUUAAUGUUACAGGCUUCUGUCAGAGUUUUUCUGUUUUCAGGUAAAAAGUAUUCAAAAGCCUCUGUCAUGAGUAAUGCUUCUCAGAAAUGCUGGUCGAUAUAAGAACAGUGUUUUUUACUGUAAGCAAGAAGUUGCGUUGGGUCUGUUGGCGACUUGAGAUGAUUUCAUACAUGGAUCUUGUCGUUUUCUGCUUAUUAUUUUGCAGUGGACUGUCUUAAGAAUGAGUGAAAUGAGUAUCAGUUGGACAGUGCUCCUGUUUUGUGCUAUGUUGGACAAUUUGAAAAAAGAAACAUGAGGACAUUGGUUCCAAUUAGUCAGGUGGCGCAGUUUUUAUCAGAUAGCGUCUGGGCUUCAGGCCCUAUAGCUUCAAGAAGCAGACAAUAUGCAACGAAAGGAUAUAUUCAUGUUGUUAACUGUUUUGAACAAGUUGCAACCUUACUUGAGGCUUCCGGUCUCAACUAAAAAGUUAGACGUAGACAGAGGAUGAUGAGACUAUCAGUCAACAUACCCGCAAUGCUGGAUAUGUGUCCCGUUUCCCCUCUCUAGGGAUCACUACAGUACUCUGUGUGCUGUAUGUAUUAAUAGACCAUGGUGCUGAUCUAACCUUAGUCUCUCUUUACUGUAUGCAGUUGUGUUAGUUACUUCAUGGUGGCAGGUAGCCUUACAGAGAAAUGAAACAUGAGCUUUGAUUGAACAGUAAUUCAAGUCAUCUUAAAAAUAUCUCAGCAAUGAAUCUGUCUUUUUUUCCAAAUCUCUUAAAUGUUACCUCAGAAAUAAGGCGGUACCACACCACAAGCUAACUCCUCUUGAUGUAGCUAUACAUAAGCUAGCUAGUUUGCUAAUGUUUUGCUAACUUUAGCUAACUCAAGAUGUGACUAUAUUUAUUGUAAUGUGUCCGUGAAGAUUGUGACAGUCUCUCAGCCCCAUCUUUUAACCAGCUUCAAAAUUUGGUUGGUUCUUUUCAACAUAGAUGAGCCUAGCACAUAGCAUAUCUAAGUAUUACAAAAAAGGGAAAAAGUGACCAAGGUUUUGCUGUUGUCCAAGCCUUUUUAACUGUUAGUGGAGCACAGAGUGGAAAUGGGCAGAACUUUGGAAGGGCUUAUUCAUGGCUGUCAUUAAUUGUACUAUAACCAUGAAAUACACUCUAACUUGUUAGCUGCCUCUCUGUAUAGUGGUUCACAUUACCAUCCCUGUGCUUGAUUUAAAAUUUUGUAGGCUACACAUGCACAAAAGAUAUUCAGAAAAUGAUGCAUGUAUGUACUGGAUGACAUUUAGAAACUGAGCUAGCACAGGUGCACAUUGCAUAUAAUUUGAUUUCAUGUAAUUUUAGUUAUAAUUAAGACAUCAAAUUUUCAGCAUUUCCAUCACAUCACUAAGAAUCAAACUCUAAGACCUUAAUGUUACCACUGGUAACCACAGGUGGAUUAGGAUUAUGUUCAAAUACAGUAUACCAUGAUGCUGUAUAUGUGGUCAGGUGCUGCAAAAAUAGAGGAUUUGGUUUGAAAGUGAAGGUAAGCAGUGUGUGAGCCUUUUUUCUUUGUUGCUUAAGUAGAAGGGCACUGGCACAAAAUCUAAAAUACAGUGCCUAUAUGUCUACAAAACUGGACCAGACCAGCACUGACGAGAUGGAUUUAAUUUUAUUGCAACCAACCGGAGCUGAUAAUCUGAUCUUUGCUUUGGUAAAUCUGAAUGACAAACAAGCCUGAUGUUGCUGUUGAGGGAAAAUGACCUGUAUUACUUGAAGUUUGUAAUUUGCAACCCCUCCCUCUCUCCUCAAACUGUGAUUAUUACUCCUUACAGUCUAACUCAUGACAUGAGGCUUUUGAAUGCAGUUACCAGUAUUUAUGUGAAAUCAUCAAAUUUUUAUGGUUCAUGUCACAUAUGUAAUGUUUCCUGCUGUUCUUUUUUCUUUCCCUCUGUGAAUUAUCAUCCUCCCUCUUGCAUGCAUAUUUUGUAUGAUUUGAAAAAUGUAUUUUUAAUCCCAUGUAAUAAUUUGAUUUGACUACCUUCCAUAUGUCUUUAUUCAUGUUGAUUUGUGUCUUGGACAUAAAUUUUACUUGUGACAUGGAAAUUGCAUAUAAAUGUAUAUCACUACCAUUGCGAUUUGGUGACCUUGGAAUUGUAAGGUUUUCUAAUGUUUGAGUCGGGUAAUAUUUAUUAUACACUGUUUUGCAAGAGGAUAUUAUGGCCAAAGAUGAAUUCCUGAAUAAGUUUCUGAAAAUGCAAAUUUAAAAGAUUAGAAAGUUGUUACAUGGUUGUAAAAUUUAUAACCAAAAACAUCCCCAAGCAUACAGUUGAUGAAGCCAAACAGUUCCAAGAUCAUGACUGUCAAACUUCUCUGUGUUUUGAUUUUUUUUUCUCAGUUCAUAUGGUUGUAAUUCUGUAUGUAAAGUCUCCAUAAACUUCAUUAACUGUCCUGUCUGCUUGUCCUCCUUCAGUAUUCUUAGCAAAUACAGUGUCUUAGGCUGUGAUGGACUUGCAGACAUGACAGUGAAAGCAAUGUUAUGAUUUUUUUUUUAGCUUUUGUGUCCCUUGUAUAAAAUCUAAUAAAGCAAUGUAAAAUAUCA